AAAUUUUGAGAAAAAUUUAUUUUUGCAUGCUUUUAAAUAAAAAUGAGUGAAGAUAAAUCGAAGUCAUCAGCAAAACGAUAUCGUGAAAAUGAUUUAAAUUCUAAAGAUGAUGAAGAUGAGGAUUAUACUCCAUAUGUGCCUAUUAAAGAACGCAAAAAAGAAAAACUUCUUAAACUUGGAAGAAUAGUGCAAUUGACUACGGAGUCGGCUGUGCCAAAAUCCUCAAGUGAAAAUGAAAAUGACGAGAAUUCGCAAGAGGAAUGGGGACGAAAAUAUAAUAUAAGUUUGUUAGAUCAACAUACCGAGCUGAAAAAAUUGGCAGAAGCUAAAAAAAUUAGUGCUGUAGAGAAACAGUUAAAAGAAGAAGAGAAAAUUCUAGAAAGUGUAGCAGAAAAAAAAGCUUUGAUGGGUGUCGCUGAGUUAGCAAAAGGUAUACAGUAUGAAGACCCAAUCAAGACAAGUUGGAAAGCACCACGUUACUUAUUAGCGAUGCCAGAAUUUAAAAGAGAACAAAUAAGAAAUAAGUUAAGAAUUUUAGUUGAAGGAGACGACGUUCCACCACCGAUAAGAUCAUUUAAAGAAAUGAAAUUUCCUAAAGGUAUAUUAAUAGGAUUAGAAAAAAAGAAGAUUAAGAAACCCACUCCCAUUCAAGUUCAAGGAAUACCUACUGUGUUAGCAGGUAGAGAUCUUAUAGGAAUUGCUUUUACUGGAUCUGGGAAAACUUUAGUUUUUGUUUUGCCGAUUAUCAUGUUUGCACUUGAACAAGAAAUUCGUAUGCCUUUUAUUAGGAAUGAGGGCCCAUAUGGAUUGAUAAUUUGCCCAUCUAGAGAAUUAGCUAAACAAACAUUUGAUAUAAUUAAACACUUUUGUAAAAUUUUAGAAGAAAACGGUAUGCCGGAAAUUAGAUCGUGUUUAGCAAUUGGGGGUGUAGCAGUAUCAGAAGCUACAGAGGUAAUAAACAAAGGUGUUCAUAUAAUGGUAGCUACACCGGGAAGAUUAAUGGAUAUGUUAGACAAAAAAAUUGUUACUUUACAUAUUUGUAGGUAUUUAUGUAUGGAUGAGGCUGAUAGAAUGAUAGAUAUGGGAUUUGAAGAAGAUGUUCGAACAAUAUUUUCGUAUUUUAAAGGACAGCGACAAACCUUACUUUUCUCAGCUACAAUGCCGAAGAAAAUUCAAAAUUUUGCUAGAUCUGCUUUAGUCAAACCCGUCACUAUUAAUGUAGGACGUGCCGGAGCAGCUUCUUUAAACGUUACACAAGAAGUUGAAUAUGUAAAACAAGAGGCAAAAGUUGUUUAUCUUCUACAAGUUUUGCAGAAAACUCCACCGCCUGUGUUAAUUUUUGCUGAAAAAAAACAAGAUGUUGAUGCAAUACACGAAUAUUUACUAUUAAAAGGUGUAGAAGCUGUUGCAAUUCAUGGUGGUAAGGAUCAAGAAGAGCGUUCGCGUGCCGUGCAAGCAUUUCGAGAUUCGCAAAAAGAUGUUUUAGUUGCAACAGAUGUAGCAUCGAAAGGUUUAGAUUUUCAAAAUGUACAACAUGUAAUUAAUUAUGAUAUGCCUGACGAUGUUGAAAACUAUGUACAUCGAAUUGGUCGAACAGGACGUUCAAAGGCAAAGGGUUUAGCAACUACAUUUGUUAAUAAAACAACAGAACAAUCUGUAUUAUUAGAUUUAAAACAUUUAUUAAUUGAGGCAAGGCAAAAAGUUCCAUUAUUUUUGGUUGAAUUAUGUCCAGAAUCUGAAAAAUAUUUGGAUUUAGGAGAUUCGCGUGGUUGCAGUUAUUGUGGUGGUCUUGGUCAUCGUAUUACAGAAUGUCCGAAAUUGGAAGCAGCACAGAGUAAACAAGCUUCAAAUAUUGGAAGAAGAGAUUACCUUUCGAAUACAGCUGUUGAUUAUUAGUCGUUUUAUGAAAAUUCAUAUAUUUGGGAAAUUAUUAUAAUAAAACCCAUAAUAUAUGUGUAUAUGCUUAUAAGUUCAUUUACAUUCCUUGUAUAUGAUUUUCCAAUGGAAAUUAGAUAUUAAAUCCUUACUUUUUACUGUUUUGACAUUUUAAAUUUAGUUUCAAAUAUAACAAAU